AUGCACGAUGCCCCUGGCGGUCUUGGCCCACCCUUCGGCUGUAUUUGGCGAGGGCCAGGCAGCGGCCACCGCUCCUCUCGUCGCUGCUCCGGGGGGGCCCUCUGGGGUCUGAGCUGUGCGAGCGUGGGGGCCUCGCGGGGAGUGUCCGUGUACAGGUGCUCGGUGCACUUGGGAGCAGCACUGAGGAUGCUCAGAGGAGGGUUCCUUCUGCGCAUUUUUACCCCUUCGACUCGGCCUGGCCUGAGCAACGGGUCCCAGGCGUUUUGGGCUGAGGCCGCUGCCGUCGUGACAACAUCGGCGUGA